CAGCCACAGGAGAGGUCAUGGAGGUGCCCGUCGGUCUGGGCAGAGUCUAUCCUCGGUCGCCGGCAAAGGCUUUUCGAGGCGCCUUACACAACCUGAUUCAGAGCGUCCGCGAAGCGUUCCAGAGCCCCGGACCCAUGCGGGAGGAGGCUGGCCCCAGUCACCAGGCGUCGGUCUUCCCAAUGGCAAGCUCGUCUUCCUUGGGGUCCUGUUUUCAAGAGCCCAGCGCCCACCAGCAAGACCCGGCUUCGCCCUCUUACCUGCCGCUGGAGGAGCAGCUCCAGGUGAGCAAAACGCUGCAGCCCCCCGACAAGCGGAAGGUGCCCGCCGCGUCCCCGUCCGCCCCGUCCUCUCUGGCCCUACUGGGAAGCCAUUCCUUCCACGGUUGCCCGGGGGACUUAAGAUACAUGCUGGGAGAGAGCAGUCUUCUGCAGGCGGCUGGAGGAGGCGAGGAAGCCCCAUCCGACAAAACCGACUACCUGGGGGAGAGCGCCAAGGAGCUGGGCAAAGCCGUCUCCGCCUCCAUGGGCUUGGCGGUGGAAGCGCUGGACAAGCCCGGUGGCGGCGAGAUGGCGGCGACCCGCGGCGACUGCCUGUUCGCUGGCGCGCGCGCUCGGCCCCCGACUCUGGGCGGCUGCAAGAUUGUAGAAGCCGAGGAGGGAGGCGGCGCGCUGGCUAUGGAAGUGCCGGGGUACCUGAGCCUCUACAAAGAUUCUCCGGAGCUGGAGGAGCCGUCGAGGGCCUUCCCGAAUCGCGACUACUACAACUUCCAGCUGGCCCUGGCCUCCCGUGGGGGCAUCAAGCGGGAGAGCCCCUUGGAGUCCGCACCCGGCGGUGCCGUUUGGGGGCCGCAGUGCCGGCGCGCCUGGGAUGUGCCUGCUGCCUUGGCGCCCCACUAUGCCGGCCCUCCUGGCCCGAGCUGGCACCCCUUCUUCACCGCGGAAGGGCAGCUCUACGAAGGCGCACCCCCGGCGUCCUGCGGGUACUCCAGGAGCCAGGAGCCGCCGUCUGGACAAGAGGGCGCAGAGCUCCCACCGUCCAACCCCGGGGGCGUGGUGGGGAGGAUGCCCUUGGCCCCUGCUGCCGGCUGCAUCAAGACGGAGCUCACCCCGUGGAUGGAGGGCUACCCGGGGGCCUACGGAGACAUGAGGAUUGAAAGUGGCCGGGACCACAUAAUACCGGUCCUGAGAGAUCUACAUUGGCUCCCAAGACCAUGUUCUUCCCUGUGUACUGCUUCUGCUUCUGGGUGCCACUAUGGAGCAAUCACCUGUGGGAGCUGCAAAGUCUUUUUCAAGAGGGCAGCUGAAGGCAAACAGAAGUACCUCUGUGCCAGCCGAAAUGACUGCAACAUUGACAAGUUCCGAAGGAAAAACUGCCCCUCCUGCCGCCUUCGGAGAUGCCAUGAGGCCGGGAUGACUCUCAGAGCCCGCAAAUUAAAGAAGCUGGGAAACCUGAAGAUGCAAACAGAAGGGGAAGCAGCCGGCCCCUCCAGACCUAAAGAGGAGCAAGCUCCGAAGAUGACCAUGACACGCACUGAGAGCUUGGAGCGCCAGCCCAUCUUCCUCCAUGUCCUGGAGGCUAUCGAGCCAGGGGUGGUGUGUGUCGGCCGUGACAACAACCAGCCUGAUCCUUUUGCUGUCCUCUUGAAUGAGUCGGGCGAGAGGCAGCUGGUGCAUGUCUUGAAGUGGUCCAAGGCCUUGCCAGGUUUUGCUCCAUCGCACCCUUAACAACUUGAUCGCCAUAUUCCUGAGAAACUACCCUCUG